UGAUGAAGGAGUUGUUCGGGGAAGAUGUUGAGCAUGUCGAUGAAGUCGCUCCUUUAGUCGCGAGUAAGCGUGGAAAUAAGGAGCUGCAAGACGCGACGUCGGGAGACACUGAGGAGAUUAGAGAGCGUUUAUCUGGUACUACACACUUAGACCAUGGACAAAGAGAGCCUUAACAUGUUAGGACUGAUUCUGUUACAUUACUGCAUCUUCUACCAAUUACUGCAUCUUCUACGCACACUAUACCGGUUAUUUAAGAUCACUCUUCUUCUUUAUUAGCUAAACCAAAUUGCUGUUCCUCCAUCAUUUCCAGGUUUGAAAUUGAACGUGGACUCGAUCUCUACUCCUACUAACAAAAGCGAGCAGGAGCAGCUUGCGGCUUUGGUGGCCGAUAGUAACCAAGUGGCAGAUGAGAUGAAGGGCGAGUCGCAGAUGGUCGAGGAUGAGUUCGAGGAGGUCCAGCGACGCCUGGAUGAGGAGGCUGAUCGCAUGUUGGGCCGUCGGCAGAAAUCACUAGGUUUGGAGGUGGAGCUCCCAGACCCGUCACUCUCUGGCGAAGAACCAGAUCGUGAUGAACUGCGAGAUUUUCUGGAGGGUUCUCCGAUACAUCAAACAUCUGAUACAAGCAAUAAGAACUCUGGCUCCAUCCAAAUCAUAUCUGACUCGGAUGAGGAAAACGAGGAGGAGGAAGAGGAGGAAGAAGAAGAAGAAGAAGAAGAAGAGGAGGGGGCGAAAAAUAGUGAAGAAGAUGAGCAGGAGAAGAAAGAGAGCAAUGCAGAGACGGAGAAAGUUGAGCUGAGCGCCAACGUAGAGAAAGGAGAGAAGCGCGGGGAAAAGAAACAAGGAAAGCUUAUGGAGAUAUAAGUCAAAAAUAGUGACCAAGACAAGACUAACUACUUGUAGAACAAGAAGAAUUCCGCGGAUAUAGCACAGCAGGAGUCUUCCACGAGCGACGGCUUCCUCUUGCCGUUUGCCUGGGAAAUUGUUCAACCCCACAGAGGGCAGCAGUCUUAGCCCGUUCCUUCCUGUCAGAGACGCCGGGGCGACGUAGUCACUCCUGGCGCCGCCGGGAGUGACUACGUCGCCCCGGCGUCAGCCAGUGGUAGUAUGCAUCUCGCCACAAGGUCCGAGGCCCAUCCUCUCGACUGCUUCGCUCAGCACCGAGCUGGGCGAAGCCAUCGAGGCCGAGGAAGAAGAUAGGAAAGCCCCCAGGGGCAUCCUUGCCGGGUCAUCGAGCAAGGCCAGGGCUGCGCUUCAGGCCGGCCCUGGCGUGGGGUGGUAGUUCUGGGCGCAAAACGUCGCGAGAGAUACCCCUCGGGUGCGUUCCGCUAUGGAGCAGACGGGGUGAGGGGGCUGCGUCUGCUGGGGUAGGGGCAUCACAGUACUAACAACUAGAAUAGCAUACGCGUCACCUACAUUAAGAUCAAUCUUCUAAUUUACGGGUGACCUUUGCGGAUGUGGCAGAGGAGGCGAG